AUGGCAUCUCCGCAGAUACAGCAUGAGGGCCUUCGUGCCAUUUUCACGGGGAUUGAGAGGGUGUCCGAGGGGGUCACGGUGAAUGAGUUUAGGGGUAUCAAGUACGCGUCUGUUCCCGCGCGGUUUGAGCGGGCGCAGCCGGUGGAUGGCUUUGGGGAUGCUGUGGUUGAUGCUUCUUCAUACGGGCCGAGGUGUCCGCAGGUCGAUGUCGACGUUCGCCAUUUGCUGCGCAUUCCAGAGGACUUUCCAAUCGAAAGGGAGCCUGAGGAUGAGUUUGAAUGUCUGAAUUUGGACAUCACCUGUCCUCCGGCGUCUUCGGCUAAGGGACCUCUUCCUGUGCUCUUGUGGAUUUAUGGAGGAUCGCAGGUGGUGACCUUUUGCUCAGCUGCAUCGAAGAUCUGCGAUCCCGUCAAGAUCGUCGCGGACUCUAUCAAGUCCGGCCAGCCUAUCAUCUUCGUCUCAAUCAACUAUCGACUCAACAUCUUCAGCUUUGGCGACGGCAAGGAGAAGAACCUUGCUAUCAAGGAUCAGAAACUGGGUAUUGAGUGGGUGCGGAACAACAUCGCUGCCUUUGGAGGCGAUCCGAACAACAUCACGUUGGCCGGAGAAAGUGCCGGGGCAGUUUAUACGCAUGCCCAUCUCGUCACUGGUACACCAGUCAAGAGGGCCGUCCUGGCAUCUGGAUCCCUCUAUCUCUCUUCUCCCUUGCCAAUAGAGAAGGGCCAGGGACUAAUCAAUGCGCUGGAAGCCAAGGUGCAGGAACUGGGCGAGCCGUCGCUUCGGUUAGCGUCAGUGCCGGCUCUGUUGCAGGCAUUACGAGAGUGCAAUGUGAACACUAUGUGGAUACAGGAGGAUGAGGACUUUCAAGGAUGGGAAACCAAGUCCGAGCUGGUGGACGAACUCAUGAUUGGUGAUACUGAAUAUGAGUCGGUUAUCUGGAGGAACGGUAUCGAGACAUUCGAUGGAGAAGCGAUUACUGCAGCCUUCGAGCAAAAUGAGAAAUGGGGUCCGAAGCUACGCAAGAUGUACCAGGUUGUCGCGGAUCGACCCACUGCUUGCAAGUUGGGUGCACUGGACCUUGUGAAUGAUGUCCGUUAUACGCUGCCAGUAGAAGUUGUUGCCGAGAAACUACAGGCAGCUGGGAAACGAGUCUACAAGUAUGUGGUUGACCAGGCCAACCCGUGGCAGGCAUCCAGCCGAGCCCAUCAUGCUGUUGACCUGCUAUUCUUGUUUGACGGCGCCGACCUGUCCUUCAACCCUGCUGCACAAGCGGUUGGUCAGGAGAUGCGGAGCCGUUGGGUGCAGUUCGUCAACGGUGGUAGUCCAUGGUCUACCGAGCAGAGAUUCGCGUACGGACCUCUGGGGAGCUGCGGAGAGAUUUCUGAAGCACAGUUUGCAUCUAGACGGCGGGUUGAGCAUGUUAAAGUUCUUAGGGAGGCUGGAAUGGGUGUCUAUAUGCCUAUUGUAUUUGCCUUGACGGCAGGCAAGAUUAGCUUGUUGAAUUAG